AUGAACAUGUUCCUUCCAGGGGGUGGAACAGGAUUUAUAGGCAAAGCUUUGGUAGACACCUUGAAACGUGCAGGACAUGAGGUCACAGUAAUCUCAAGAACUCAAGCACCUGGAAGGAUCACAUGGGUCAGUUUAUUCCGAAGACCAAAGUAGCAAACCGAAGAAGUAUUCAGAUAUAGUAUUUUUGGUCAGUUAAACUUCCUGUCGAUGACUGGCUGACCUAAGUUUAUAUCAAGCCUAUAGUAACUGGUUGCUUCCAGCUUGAUUAUACAGCUAUUUUGAGAAAGGUUGUCGGAGAAAAAUGUGCACACGACAAUCCCCAAAGGUAACAUGGGAUAUGAUCAAUACACUGUUCCUGACACUGUAGCUGUCGAACUUAGCUUUGUUGCUUUCGUUUAGCACUUUCAAACAUAAGUCCAUGGCCUCUCGUACCAUUUUUUCAAAUGUCUUUGAAGAACACUGAACUCAAAACCACCCACAAUACCUUUCGGGAUUGUCACGUGCACUUUUUCCAACAACCUCUCUCGAAACAGCUGUAGUCAUUUUUUCAAAUGUCUUUGAAGAACACUGAACUCAAAACCACCCACAAUACCUUUCGGGAUUGUCACGUGCACUUUUUCCGACAACCUCUCUCGAAACAGCUGUAGUCAAAUCAUGAUAUUUUAAUAGCAAUUAAAAGAUCUAAAAGCUGGACAUCAAAAUAACACCAAAAAUAUCUUUUAGUAAUCUAAAAUAUUGACAGAUCAGUUUGCUACCAUGAGUGAAAAGAAAGUCACUACAGAAAGUACACUGUACAGUAUGUUUUUUAAAGAAUGUUUAAGUACUGGGUAAGGAAUAUUAGUGACAUUGUGGUCACUUCUGAAGUCAAAAGGAAAAUUAAUAUAUAAUGUUAUGCCAUGUCCUGAAAGGAAUAAGGAUUGUUUUAAUAGGACAGGUGACUGGGUGGCUGAGUGCGGCCCAUGAUUUGACAGAGUAAAUUUUAGAAUUCAAUUAGGAGAGAAUGGGCUCUCAGUGGGAGGUGGCCACAAAGGUUUAACUUUAUUUAGGUAGAACUUAAUUUAUUGUAACUCGCCAACCUUGGCAAUUUCUCUGUCUUUUCCUUAAAUAGAAUGAAAUUUCCAAGUCACCUUUGCCUGAAUGUGAGGCUGUGGUCAAUCUUGCUGGCAAGAACAUUCUUAAUCCUCUUAAAAGGUAAGAAAAUAACUAUUAACUGCUGUUGGGUCACUGUGUUUAUGAUAUUAAAACUUGUUUAAAUUGAAAGUUUCACUUAGACUAGGUAUAAUUUUAAAAAACUGCAUUCCCAGAUAUAAUUCACCUUGUUUGACUCCCCACCAAAAAACUUGCAAAGGCAUUGUCUUCAAUUUCUUUUGGAACAACUGGAAUACCAAGGAGAAAUACAUCUGGGAGACAACAGUUUUCCAUAAUUUGGGGGAGGGGGUCAAACAAGGUGUACUUAGGGGAAAUGUUUAUGUGUUUCUGUAGGAUGAAUAUAGACUCAGGAUUAAAAAGACUCAGGCUGAACACCCCCAGUUUCAUUCCCAACCUCCUAGCAUUGUGCGGGGUGUAAAUGGCCUUAAAACUAAAAAACUACGUAACUGUUUUGGUUGCUGUUAAAUACCAAUUUUUAUAGCAUCCACCUGAGAGUCAAAAUCUAAAAUUAUAGACCUUCACUUUGGACUUUUAUUCAUUGACUUCAUUAUUUUUUCAACAGGUGGAAUGAAACUUUUUUACAGGAAUUAAGGCAAAGUCGCAUCGAGACAACACAGACAUUGGCCUCGAAAAUAGCAGAUGCAGCAGUUCCACCUAAAGUUUUUGUCACAUCUUCAGCUGUUGGUAGGCUUAUUCCUUUUCCACGUUUUAAGGAUGCCAAAUUGUUAUUUUUAAUUGUCUUCACAGCUUUGUGAAGUAGCAGGAACUAGGGUUUUUUAUGCGUAGGCUAAUGCCCUCAUUUCUACCGUCUGUUGCAACUACGUAGCCUCCCACGUAGACAUUCAAAGGGGUUUACUUGUCACGUGUUCUUCUCCCCAAUGUGGGACAGGUACGAGUGACAAAUGAACCCCUAAGAACAUUUGCAUAGUGGCUAGCUCACCACUCGCUUGGAUACGUGUGGUGCUUCGAUUAUAUAAGAGACUGUUUGGAAUCUACUUCUUAUAUGAUGUCUAAGGGGUGGCAAAUCUCUGGGGCUCAGACGAGAUUUCUGGUCCUCAUUGCAAAUGGUUUCACGUCUCUCCCCAGUCAGACACCUCGUUUUCAUUCUCUCUCCAGACCUUUCAUUCGACUCCACACAAGUUCUUAACCCUCUCAAAAAUAUGGGCUACUUUACAGUCUAGGUUAUUUUUCAUCUUAACCGUCACUCGCUUUUCUCAAUCUGUUGUUUCAUGCAUUAACUUUCCUUUCUCUUUUCAGGUUAUUAUCCUGCAAGUGAGACUGAGGAGUACACUGAGGAUUUCCCCCCCAGCUCUGCUGACACACUGACAAGACUUUGUAAAGACUGGGAGAACAGUGCUAAACUUCCUGACAACUGUACAACCAGACUGGUUACCUUACGGAUUGGGGUGGUGCUGGGCCGAAGUGGAGGAGUUAUACAACAGACAAUUUGGCCUUUUUGGUUUGGACUUGGAGGUACAAUGUACAGUACACGAUUAGGAGAAUUGCGGUCGUUUCAACCCAAAGUCGAUUUGCCUGAUCACGUUUCACCCGCACUUAAGUCGAUUCACCUGUUAACAUACAACACUCUACGACACAGUGACCGUAUUGUGGUUUAAUCUUAUCCUUGGUUUAAUUUUUAUUUCCCUUUGUUUUGGGGCACGGUUAUGUGUGAUAAUGAGUUUAGAACAAAGGAAGAUAAAAAUUAAACAAAGGACAAAUUGAACCACAACAUACAUACUUGUCAGAGAUGUUGUUCUAGUUAAGCUUGGAUUCUACAUGUGUAGUCACUGUCUUUUCAUGAUUGUUCCUUUUUUUAAGCCAAAGAACGACAAAAAUACAACAGGCGAAUCGAGUUAAGGGUUAGUGUAGGUUCAUGACAGCCAUAUACGGUAUCAUGACUAUCAGAAGAGUGCUUCACUAAAAAUAACUGUCAGAGAUUCUUAAUCCUGAAGAGUUUGUUUCAGACCUGCGGCGGUAAAGUACUUCCUUGAUCGUUCUAAUCAUCCUACACUCUAGUAAAGACAUGGCAAUCUUUGGUAUCUCCUUUUACCAAGGCAAUACAGUCGUGUCCAACAUUAGCGACGACCCGCCUUCAUGGGCAGUGAAAACGUCGCCAAAAAAAUUAAUCUGCCGUCCUUUCAGAGCUCUAUUUGGACCCGCUCAAUUUGCCGAAUGUAGGCCAUUUUUCCUGGAGUUGAACUCUAAAGGAGUUUAUCCAGGUUCAGAAAAAAAAAAGAAUAUUUGUCGUCUUAUCUUCACGGCCACGCCCACCAUAAAGCGUCAUAUUGGCAAGUUUCACGUUUAAGUCGCGCAGUUGACGCCAAAAAAUAAACAUACUACGUAGAAAGCGUGAUGCAAGUGCAGAACUGUUGUUUUACUUAAAAAACAAUUGUUUUUUAAAGUUGUCGUCGCCGUCGGCCCGUUUCAGUGCGGGUAUACUGGACAAUCAUCAGGCAAUAGGGAAAGACCCAAAACUCUAAAAGAAACAUAUCUUUGAAAUCAGCACUUUAAAUACCCACCCAAUCAAAUUCAACUAACUAAUAUUUUCUCCCAGGUGUGAUUGGAAGCGGUAAGCAACAUUUUCCUUGGAUUCACAUCGACGAUAUGACCGGAAUAAUCACACACUCCCUCGACAACGAUCACGUGACCGGUGUAUUGAACGCAGUGGCACCUGAAAUUGUAACAAACGAGCGCUUCACCAAGGAGUAUGGAAGCGUCCUGUGGAGACCCACCUUGAUUCCGGCUCCUUCAUUUGCAUUAAAUAUAAUGUUCGGUACCGAGCGCGCCAAAAUUCUCUUGGAAGGACAGAAGGUUAUUCCCAAACGAACACUGGAGAUGGGGUAUAGGUUCAAGUUCCCAGAAUUGAAAGCUGCCAUGAAAAAUAUUCUCAGCUAAAUUAUCAGUCGUUGUACCUCUCAUUUUUGUUAUGACUGGACAAGUUGGAUCAGAGGGAACCCACCCGAUAAUAUCGAUAAAAACGAUUACUCACUUACACUGUCAGAUUGUGUGGUUGAACGUAUUUUCUGUAGGAAUUGCCAAUUUUUGGUUCCUCGAUUGUGAAAGGUUUAAGAAAGUGUACUGCUGCUUGCAUUCUCAAUCUUGAACUGCUCGAAUAGCUGCGAACCUUAUUUUGUACUUCAAUAAAGUCUUGGUCCUGCGGCGAAGUUGUACUGGAAAACAAUUGCUCAGAUUAGAACGACUUGUUCACGAAAGGAGCAAUACUUGAAAUAAGAAAAGAGAAUAAGACAUCCGUGGUGAUGUAAGAAUAUAUUUUAAGACCAAAGAGAAAAAUAAACCGAAGUGAAGAAAAGU